GUAGUGUAAUUACGUCAUAAUAAGAGGUUGGUCAAUAUAGGCAGAGUCAUAAUAAACGGAUUAUACUGUAUUGUUCUAUAGCCGAUUACAAUGAUCGUUUUUAGGCGAAAUGUCCUAGGUUAUUAGAAUUAGACUCUAUAAGAAAAGGUUUAGUUGUAUUAAGAUACAUAUUUUAUUUCAAUAAAAUAUAUAAAACACUAUGACUUUAAUAAUAUUCAUCCAAAAAGGGAUUCUAAAAUCUUUGAGAGAAUUCAAAGGAUUUUUCUGAUGAUUUUGAUCUUGGGUAUAAUCAAAAUCAUAAGUGGACAUACUAAUGAUUGAACUAGAAAUAUGACUUUGACAUUGCAUUGCGGCGCGGUGGUGUGUUUUUGAAACUCUUUGUUUUAUAUGUAAACCAACGUGAACUUGAGAUACAUAAUAAACCCGUGUGGAAUAUAAUUUGUAUUUAAUUAUACAUGUGCCGUAUUAAUUAUGGAUACACGCGAAAUAUUGACUCUACAAUUUGGCCACUACUCUAAUUUUAUUGGAGCACAUUUCUGGAAUUUACAAGAACUCAGUUUUGACUACACUGGGACGGUAAAAACUGAAGUUAAUCAUGAUAUUUUAUAUCGAGAGGGGCAGACUUCCAACAGAGAAGUAACUUAUACUCCUAGAUUAUUGCUUGCUGAUUUGAAGGGAUCGUUAAAAACUUUACCUGAAACUGGUGGUUUGAGCAAUGAUUUGGAAGACUGUGAGGUGCCUUGGGAUACUGUUGAAAAAAUUGAACAGCCUGCUGCAGACAAGAAUGAGUACCUUAAACACAUAGACUCUGAUGAGGUGCCGUCGACAGCCAUUGAACAAAACAAUUACAACUUUGACCAGAAUGUAAAAACUUGGACUGACUAUUUAUAUCCUAGAUUCCAUUCCAGAACUGUAAACAUUGUCAAGGAGUAUCAAUAUGGUAAUGAAACUGAAUGUUUUGACAUAUACAACAAAGGUACAAAUGUAUGGAAAUCAGACUUUGGUGAUACAUUCAGUGAUUCCAUUAGGAAAUAUGUUGAAGAGUGUGAUAGCAUACAAGGAUUUCAAGUCAACUUUGAUUGCACAGAUGGUUUUUCAGGACUAGCACUCGCUUGUAUUGAACAUCUUUCUGAUGAAUACACAAAAUCAAUUUUGGCUUAUCCAAUAAUAGCAUCACAUUACCCAGAUAAUGAUCCUAAAACUCAAGAAGAAAGAGAUGAAUCUAACCUUAAAGACUCCUUAAGACUGGUCAAUCUAGCAUUAUCAGUGCAAGAACUAUCAGAACAUGUUUCAUUUUUUGUACCUUUGUGUACUGGAGAAACUGGAUGGAGAAAACCAGGCCGUCCUAGGGUUUUUGAACAUGUCAACUACAACCCUGAAUUAUACUAUCACUCAUCAGCUUUGUUGGCAUCAGCAAUUGACACACUGAGCCAAAAAUAUAGGCAUAAAAGUAACUUCUACACAUUAUCAGACAUCUGUGGUGAUAUGACUGGCUAUGGCAGAAAGAUGGCUGCAGCAUCUAUGCAAAUUCCACUUACAUUUAAGGAUACACAAUAUUUGAUAGAGUAUUUAAAUGAAACUACAAAACCACUAUACUCGUCUAUUACACCUAGUUGUAAGAUAGCUCCAGACAAAAUAUUCCAGUUGAUUACCAUUCGAGGUAUUCCAGAAAGUUAUUUAAAAGCUCCUCCUAAACAAGCCAAGGAGCAAAUGAAUUUGCCUGCAUACAGAUGCAAUUCUGUUAAAGAAAUGUUUGAACUGUAUUUCCAAGCUAAUAAUUUCCUUUCUGCAACAAAUGUUACAGUCUGUGACAAACCAUUGGAGUUGAAGACACCAUUCCCAAAAAUAUUUUCAGAAAAUCUUAAUGAAUAUGGCUUUGUAUCAAGUGAUGCCACUCAAGAGAAAAUUAAAUCAUGUCCUAUCAUAGCUGGAUACCAUAAUGGCAACUUCCUUACAAACAUGCUCGAAAAGUUACACAGAGAAGUGAGUAGAAUACAGUUUACAAAAUUACAUAAAUUUAGAGAGGAGGGUUUGGAAGCAGAAGACUAUAAAGAAAAAUUAAACAAAUUGGCAGAGUUCAAAGAUAAUUAUGAAGAUGAUUUUGAAUUAUAAAUAUAAUAUUAAAGUCAAAUGUACUAAGACAUGGCUGGACAACAGCCUUUCAUGAUUCUGCUUUAAGCUUUAUAUUGCAUUAUAAUAUGCUAUUACAUGUAAUAUGUACAAAUAGUUCAUUGGAUCAUAGUGAUAUUGCAAAAGGUAAACUUUAAAAACAACUAAUCCUCACUAUAAUGAUCUGGUAAUCAGAUAUUUUGACCUUUAUGGCUGUUAAAUCAAUGGUUUUGUAUAGCAUCAAAGAUUUAUCAACCUGCCUUAUCUAUUAGUUACUAAAGCAAUUACUAAACCAAAAAACAUAUUUUUGUACAAAAUGCUUUAAGAUUGUUAUGGUAAUAAAAUAAACACUUGUAAUAACUUUA